AUGAACUACAUCUACUCCACAGUCAACACACUCCGCGACCGGUACACGCCCGUCUCGCACACGUCCACGUUUCGCCAGACCGGCCAGAUCACGCCCGAGGAGUUCGUCGCGGCUGGUGACUACCUCGUCUACAAGUUCCCGACGUGGGCCUGGGGUGACGCUGACGACGAGAGCCGCCGCGUUUCCUACCUGCCCGCCGGUAAGCAGUACCUCGUCACCCGCAACGUGCCCUGCGACCGCCGCCUCAACGACGACUUCGCCGGCGACGCGGGCCACGAAGAGUCAGUCGUCCAAGACGGGCUCGAUAAGGGCGCCGGGGGCAGCGGCGGUAGCGGCGGUGACAAGGACGACGAGGACGGGUGGCUGCGCACCGGCGGCCUCGCCAGCUCGCAGCCGCUCAAGGCCAAGGACGUGCGCACGGUGGACGACGCGGGUAACGUCGGCGCCCCGGACGAGGACGAUGACGAAGACGACAUUCCAGAUAUGGAGGAUGAGGAUGACGAUGAGGCUAUCAUCCGCGACGCUGGUGACGGUGCUCAAAAGAGCGGCCGACGCACAUAUACCCUCUACAUCAUGUACACGCCGUACUACCGCACGCCACGCCUCUACCUCUCCGGCUACCAGAUGAGCGGCCAGCCGCUGCCCCCACAAGACAUGAUGGACGACAUCGUCGGCGACUACAAGGACAAGACCGUCACCCUCGAGGACUUCCCCUUCUUCGCCAACAACAUCAAGGUGGCCUCGGUGCACCCCUGCAAGCACGCCUCCGUCAUGAAGACGCUGCUGGACCGCGCCGACGCCGCUCUGCGCAUCCGCCGCGACAAGGCGCGCGCCGCCGCCGCCAAGCACCACGGCCAACAACACCAGGACCAGGCGGCGACGGAUGGCUUGGCGGACGAGAUUGGCAAGCUCGACGUUAAGGGUGCCCAGGAGGCGGCCGACAAGGACGAGUGGGAGGAGGUCCAGGAGACCGAGGUGGCGGACGAGAACGAGGUGGCCAUCCGCGUCGACCAGUACCUGGUUGUCUUCCUCAAGUUCAUGGCGAGCGUCACACCAGGCAUCGAGCACGACUUCACCAUGGGUGUUUAA